UGCAAGGACGAGCCUUGCAAAACUCACGAGCUCCCACAAAGCCAAGCUCAGUCCAGGUUUAGAGCUGCAGGAGUAAAUUUGAGCCUCAAAACUCUGAAAUGAGAAGAAUCCAAGGCCAAACAACGGCGGUCACGUGCUGGUGAGAAAAGGCCUGGUGGUCCAGCCGGGGAUAUAAAAACCAUUCCUGACUCAGGGAGCUUCCAGCGGGUCCUGUUGGCUUCUCCUCGGUGAACUGAGUCCAGCCCAGCCGCAAGAUGUCCUGUGAGAAAACCGUGUGCGCCGAGCCCUGCUCGCUGUCCGGCCCUGAGCCGCGCGCCGCCGCCUGCACCGAGCCCUGCGUGGUGGCCUGUCCCGACUCCCGGGUCAUCAUCUUCCCACCCCCCGUGGUCGUCACCUUCCCGGGGCCCAUCCUCACCACGUACCCGCAGGAAACCGUGGUGGGCUCCACGGAGUCGGCCGAGCUGGCCGGGGCGCUGGAGGCGGGCGUGCCCAUCGGGACGGGGCAGAAGGGCCUGGAGUGCCUGGAGUCCUGCUGUGUGCCGCAGUUCGUGGCCAAGUGUGACCCCCCAUGUGUCACCCCGUGUGCCCCGCCCUGCGUCACUCCCUGUGCCGCUCCGUGCGCUGUCCCGUGCGCCACCAAAUGUGCCCCGCCCUGUGCCCCGCCCUGUGCCCCGCCCUGUGCCCCGCCCUGUCCCCCACCCUGUGCCCCGCCCUGUGCCCCGCCCUGUCCCCCACCCUGUGCCACCAAGUGCGCCCCGCCGUGCCCCGUGCCCUGUGCCACCCCCUGCGCCACCAAGUGCGUGACCAAGUGCGUCCCCACCUGCGCCCCGCCCUGUGCCACCCCGUGUGCCACCAAGUGCGUCCCUGAGCGCUCCUACACCUUCUCCACCCGCUGGAAGCACCCGUGCCAGAGGGGCCUCUGCAAGAAGAUCUGAGCGCUUUUGAGGAAAUAACCCUGGAAAGGAACAAGGGAAGAAGCGAAGGAAUAUGGAAUGUGAUCCGAAGGCUGCCGGAGAGGGAAGCGCCGCUGGAAACCAGGACCUUGCAUUUAAGUCUAGGAUAGAGCUUUAGUUUAGUUCAGGCUUUUCUUUCUUCUUGGGGCUUUGCAUCUUCUGUCUGUGCUUUGGACUUUCUCUGCCCAGUUCGACACCGAGCGUGGAUCGAAACCGAGGGAUUUUGGGAAUGGUAGCGAUUGGAAGGUCUCGGCAAGUGCAAGGGGAGGGAUGUUGGGCUGGAAAGGGGCAGGCUGGAGCGGGUGAUUGGUUCGGGCUUUUCUAGGAGUUGGCUCCUCUUUGCAUUAUUCUCUCUGCCAAUGUUGACUCCACUUUGCAUUCAAAUUAAAAUGCUUCUGCAUCAAA